AUGGCAAGUUUUGGGCCUCUUUGUCGCAUAGCUAUUAUGCUAGCUAUGGCUCUGGUGAUGGUUGCACCAACCUAUGGUCAAAUCAACACGCCAUGUAACGCAUCAACAAUAGGGAGUUUCUUCACACCUUGUAUGAAUUUUGUGACAGGUAGCAGUGGCAAUGGAACCUCACCUACGACGGAGUGCUGCACUGCCCUCAAGUCCCUCACAAAUGGGAGCAUGCAGUGUUUGUGUCUCAUUGUCACUGGCAGCGUUCCCUUCAGAAUACCUAUCAAUCGAACCUUGGCCAUUUCUCUCCCUCGUGCCUGCAACAUGCCCGGGGUCCCAGUUCAAUGCAAAGCCUCGGGUUCACCACUUCCUGCUCCUGGACCAGUGGCUCUUGGACCAUCACCUUCACCUGCUUCAGCUCCCUCUGGAUUUAUUCCAACCCCAAGUCCUCAAGGCUCUGUUGUUCUCCCCUCACCAACUUCACCUUCUCUGGCACCACAAUCUGACGCAUCUCCUUCUCUUUUGACUCCACCAUCUCCAUCAGCGGAUUCUGGUAACCCAUCUGUAUCAACCGGAAGUGGCCGCACUAAUCUCACUCCAUCAUCUGCCAUGACAUCUUACAAUGCCCCACCUUAUCUUCUCUUCAUUGCACUCGGACUUGCUGUUCUCCAAUACCACUAG